AUGUUGCGGUCUAAUGGAGGCAAAGGCCACGAAAGGGCACUACGUGCUUUCGCUGAAAGUGAAAUGAGCAGCGAAGAAGAGGAUGGGCUUGAUAGUGUACAAUCGGCCCGCAAAGACCUGGAUUUGUCACAGUACAUCGAGGGUUCGCCAUCGCCGGCUCCGCAUUUUCGUUUAGAACUCACACAAUCGCAAACUCUGCAAAAACAACCGCAGGAUACUGAUAUGGGAGAACCUCUCGAUGAGACCGAUGAAGAAGUGCAAGAAGUGGCGAAGCCUCAUCCCAAGCAGCGCAACAGCAACUCCAAAGCUGAGAACAAGAAGACGUCUGAAGGCGCACUGGGCGUCUCUUUCUCCUUCGAAGACUGGUCAGAUGACAAUGGCAAAGCCGACUAUGAAGCUUUCAAAAACCGACGAACUGCCAAGAGGAAGCGUGUGGCCGCCGAAACGAAUAGACUUCGAGCCCAAAAGAAGACAAAAGCUGCUCAGGCAACGAGCAUUGUGGGAAGAAAGCCGUUGCCGAAAAAGGCGGAUAGAGACACUAUGUUCAGCACGGAUACGGCAGGCGAGGAUGUGGAUCGGCAGGAAACCUUCUUGGACGAGCCCAUUCCUGACUAUAUCGAAGAGCGCAAGGGAAAGCUGAAGAAGCUUCAUGGGGCCGGUUUGCGCUACCCUCCGAGCUACGAAGACAUCGACUUUCUGGAACCUCAACGUGAGGAGAAACCUGUGAUGGACAAGGCUAUCAAAACCCAGCGAGCUAAAAAGGACAUUGUACUGCGCGCCUCAGGUGCUUUAAUACCUGCGCCUAUUGCUCAGUGGCUCCGAGAAUAUCAGGUGGAAGGUGUUCAGUUUCUCCACGAACGAUUCGUCAAGCAGACCGGUGCGAUCCUCGGCGACGAUAUGGGUCUCGGCAAGACCAUUCAGGUCAUCGCAUUCUUGACCGCUGCGUUCGGCAAGACCGCGACUAAUCAUGACGCAAAACGUAUGCGCAAAGUUCGCCGAUUCGGAGACGAUCGAUGGUACCCUAGGAUCAUGAUUGUCUGCCCUGGUACCCUGAUGCGAAACUGGGAAGAUGAACUGGAGAAAUGGGGUUGGUGGGAAGUCUAUCGGUUCCACGGUAACCCUGCCGACAGGAAAGGUGUGCUCAAUGCUGCACGUAAGGGCAUGCUCGAAAUUAUGAUCACGACGUACGACACCUACCGUAACAACGAGAGCGACAUUAAUAUCAUCGAUUGGGAUUGUGUUAUCGCAGACGAAUGCCACCAAAUCAAGAACAAAAACGCGGAGAUCUCGAAAGCGAUGAACAAGGUCAAUGCUCUCUGCCGCAUUGGGCUUACAGGAACGGCUAUCCAGAACAAGUAUGAAGAGUUGUGGAACCUUCUAAAUUGGGCAAGACCCGCUGCUUAUGGCUCGGCACAGGAAUGGAAACAGACGGUUAGCUUACCGCUCAAGAUGGGACAAGCUCACGAUGCGAGCCAUGCACAACUUGCCGAUGCACGCAGCAAAGCCAAAGAGCUCGUCAACAAGAUUCUGCCUAGCGUCUUCCUUCGCCGCAUGAAGACCCUUAUUGCAGAUCAACUGCCUAAGAAGAGCGACCGGGUGGUCUUUUGCCAGCUUACGGAAGUGCAAGCAGACGCCUAUCGCACGUUCAUCGAGAGCGAGAAGUGCGAGUUUAUCCGAAUGGCCAAGCAGGAGUGUGACUGUGGUUCAGGUAAAUCGCGUGGCUGGUGUUGUUACCAGACUGUACCGAGCGAAGGCGAGAAGUGGUCCAAGUUUAUGUUCCCUUGUAUGGUGACUUUGCAAAAGCUCGCCAAUCAUCUCGCACUGCUACUGCCCAUUUCCACGGACAAUAACGAGAAACAAGCCAAAGAUGUCGAGAACCUUCAGCUUGCUUGCCCUGACAAUUGGCCUGACCUACUGAGGAUCAAAGACAGCAUUCUGAAGCAAUCGCAGCGCGAGUUCUGUGGGAAAUGGAAGGUACUGAAGCGACUUCUGGAUUUUUGGCACUCGAAUGGAGAUAAAGUCCUAGUCUUUUCGCACUCUGUACGCCUGCUGCGGCUGAUGAAGACACUCUUCGAUCUUGAUGGGACCAAAUACAACUUCUCCUACCUGGAUGGUUCGAUGAGUUAUGAAGACCGCGCAAAGGCCGUUGCAGAUUUCAACUCGGACCCCAAUCAGUUUGUGUUCUUGAUAUCGACGCGAGCCGGCGGAGUAGGUCUCAACAUCACCUCCGCCAAUAAGGUCGUUGUCGUGGAUCCGAAUUGGAACCCGGCCUACGACCUCCAAGCGCAAGAUCGUGCAUAUCGUAUCGGACAGAACCGCGAUGUUGAAGUUUUUCGGCUCGUAUCUUCUGGCACAAUCGAAGAAAUCGUGUACGCUCGACAGAUUUACAAACAACAACAAGCCAACAUUGGCUACACAGCCUCAGAUGAGCGUCGUUAUUUCAAAGGAGUCAUGGAUCAGUCUGAGAAGAAAGGCGAGCUCUUCGGUCUCGAAAACUUGUUCACGUUCCAGGAAAGCAAUAUUCUGCUCCGUGACAUCAUGACCAAAACAAACGUGGCUGAGACAAAGGCUGGAGUUGGCGCCAUGGCUUUCGAUGUCGACAAUUCGCAGCUAGAUUCGGACGACGACGACGACGACAUUCUCAGCAACACAUCACUGGGACUCACAGACGACGAUAUCUCAAUCGACUCGCAGAUGAAGAAAAUUGUGGAUUCAUUCACGUCCACAACGUCGUCCAGUAGCAGGAAGCAGAAGUUCGGGAAGAAACGCGCCGGACCUGAUCCGAUCAACGCGAUUCUGGCAAAAGCCGGUGUCCAGUACACACACGAGAAUAGCGAAGUCAUCGGUCGUAGUGAAGUCGAAGCCCGCCUAGGCAAACAGGCGAUGGAGCUCCGCAACGACGUCGAGCUAGGACGCAAGCGCGUGUUCGGUGGCUCUCAGUCGCAAUCUCAGCACCCUGCGCAUGAUCCAGACGACGCCAUAGAUUAUAGCGGCGGCGAUUCGGAUGAUCUCAAAGUGCUAGGAGAGGCUAGAGCCGACGGGAAGGAGUUUAAAAUAAACUAUCGGUAUCGACCUAGUGAGACGGUCAGGAGACGGCAAUUUUGCGAAAUGGCGCGAAUGUGGGGGUAUGACGAUCCCGUGGAGUUCGCAUUGCUGAUUGAGGGCAUGACCCAGGAUGAACGGAGGAAGACGCUUGCAAAAUUCUAUCGGUCACGCAGGCGUGAGUUUGCUGGAAUGUAG